AAAGAAAUUUAUCUAUGAAUUGCCGAAUCUCCCGAUGUUUUGUAAACACACGGAAAACAAGAAAACUUGAACAUGGUUAUGAUAUUACAUGAUGAGAGAAUUAAUUGUUUGACAAAUGGAAUGUUUUACUCAAACUUAUCAGCGUUAAAUGUGCAGACAGUUCUUAUUGUACUACUGGUUUUACUUGUUGUAUACAUGUACAAACUCAGACAAGGAUUGAAGUAUAAUCUUCCUCCUGGACCAUUUUGCUGGCCUCUAAUUGGAAAUUAUGAAGUUAUCCAAGCCAAAUUUCUACAUGAAAUAUUUGUAAAAUAUGCGAAGAAAUAUGGACCAGUGUUCACUGUAAGUCUAGGACCUUACCAGACGGUUGUUUUAAAUGAUAUCAAUAGUGUCACAGAAGCAUUAGUCAGAAGCAAAGCUGAUUUCGCAAAUAGACCAUCAAUUCAUUCGGUUCACAUGUUCACGGAGGAAAGUAAAGAUAUUGCUUUUGCUAAUUAUACACCAACAUGGAAACUGCACAGAAAAAUUGCUGGAAAGGCAUUAAGGCAAUAUUUGGCAGGAAAUCGUUUAGAGGACGUUAUGCAUUCUUCAAUGAAAAAAUGUUUACCUUUAAUGGCCAAAGAAAAUGGACCAUUUAAUCCAGAAAAGUACAUUGAUUUAAUGGUGUUCAAUAUCAUGACUGCUGUUUGUUUUGGCGAAAGUGUUGAAUUAGAUGAUCCAGAAUUUAUAAGAUUUAUAAGACUUAGAAGGGAAGCCAAUGAAAUGAUAGGAAAUGGCUUUGUCGAAGAUAUGUUCCCCAUCAUGUAUAAGAUAUGGACAACAAAUAAGUACAGAACUUUUAGCAAAACGAUGAAUGAACUCAUCACUAUUGUCAAAAGAAAAUUCCAGGAACACGAAAAAACAUUUGAUAUUGACAAUGUAAGAGAUUUUACUGAUUCCUUGAUACUGGCAAGAAAAGAAGCGGAACACGAAGAGAACCGGGAAAUGUUGUCCAAGUUAUCCGAAACACAUCUUAGACAAACUGUAUUUGACAUUUUUAGCGCUGGUAUUGACACAUCAAGAAUAACGUUAGGUUUUGCUGUGCGUUAUAUGGCCAGUCUACCAGAAAUUCAAAGUAAUGUUCAGGAAGAAAUAGACAGAGUUGUUGGAAAAGAUAGAUUACCGACAGUAAAAGACAGAGACAAUCUCAGCUAUACAGAAGCCACCUUACACGAAGCCAUGAGGCUUGGUUUAGCUGUUCCUGUAGGUCUACCUCAUAGUACAAUUUGUGACACACGAGUCGGAGGAUAUGAUGUCCCAAAGGAUACAAUGGUAAUGAUCAAUCACUGGGCACUUCACCAUGAUCCUAGAUAUUGGAAAGACGUGGAGAAAUUCGAUCCGACACGCUACCUCGACGGGAAGGGUAAACUUGGUAUGAAACCAGAAAGCUGGUUACCAUUCUCAGCAGGCAGACGUGUGUGUCUAGGCGAAACUGUUGCUAAACCAGAACUUCAUUUGAUUUUUGCAACGAUUAUGCAAAGGUUCAAGAUAACCUUGCCUGAAGGAACAAAUCCAAAAGUAGAGUUAGGUGGAUCUGGUAAUAUUACAGUACCUGCUCCUUAUAAAAUCAUUGUUAAAGAACGAAAUCUCAUAUACAAAUUUUCAUGAUAUUGUAUUAUGAUUUCUACAUUUUCUUUUUUGCAUUUCGUUGUUUGUUAGAAAAGAAAUUCAAUUCAUGUUAAGCAUCCUUAUAUUAAUUUUCUCACUCUUAUGAAUGUGUGGUUUAUUACGUGCUGCUGUGAAGUUUAUCUACAGAUCAAUAUCACGGUAACUGAUCAACUGUUCUCAAAGGCAUACAUUAUUUAUAUAUAUUUUGACUGGACAUAGAAACGCAGCAUGUACAGAUACUUUUAAUUUGUUAAUAAAAAAAAAUUCUUCUACAAAACUGUCCAAUGGAUGCAAGUGUUUUUAUCUAGUACAUAUGUUUUCUAGUGUUUCACAUGCACCGAACAUA